AUGCUGGAGAUAGGUGUGAGGCCUUCGUUUCGCAUCUACGCUGCUCUGGCUGCUGGCUAUGCCAGGACAGGAGAUGUCGCCAGCACCAAAGAGUUUUUAGACACGAUCAAGGUCAAGAUGUACACCUCCAAAAUCACCAGGGACACUUGGACUGCAAUGAUGGAGCCGGUCUUGUGGUGCCUGGAGCAGGCGGGGGAGGAGGAGGAAGUGCAGAACUGGCUCGCCUUCGCGGAGCAGAAAGGCUUCCCCGUGAACGUCGCCGAGCCCAUGGAAGCUGACGAGGUGCGGUCCCACAGCGGCUCGCGGCCGAAUGCGGAUGAAGGAGUAUUGAGAUGA